AUGAAGGCUGCACCGCUGCUCGUCUCAUGGCACAACGACAAUACUCCCAUUUACUCUGCUCAUUUUGAGCCUCACGGCAAAGGCCGUCUAGCUACCGCUGGCGGGGACAACAAUGUUCGGAUCUGGAGAAUUGAAGCAAGCGGUGAGGAUAGGAAGGUGACCUAUCUUUCAACUCUCAUCAAACACACACAGGCCGUCAACGUCGUUCGAUGGUGUCCUCGAGGCGAGCUACUCGGCAGCGCCGGGGACGACGGCAAUGUCCUUCUAUGGGUGCCAUCGGAGACCCAGACCCCACAGGCAUACGGCGAAGAUGGUCUUGAAGACAAGGAGGCAUGGCGUGUCAAGCACAUGUGUCGUUCCUUGGGCUCCGAGAUUUAUGACCUUGCCUGGUCUCCGGAUGGGCAGUUCUUCCUCACUGGCAGCAUGGACAAUACUCAGCUGACAGGUGGUGCAGGGAAUGUUGUCAGACAGAUCGCAGAACACAACCACUAUGUGCAAGGCGUUGCGUGGGACCCGCUCAACGAGUUCAUCGCGACUCAGUCGUCGGAUCGAUCGGUACACAUAUGGCAGCUGAAGACGAAGGAUGGUCAAUUCUCGCUUGCACAACACAGCAAGGUGACGAAGAUGGACCUCCCAGCCCGCCGCAUAUCUUCGAACAGCCCCGCACCCCCAGACUUCAGCUCCAGACCGCAUUUUGUGGAUGACACAGCAUCGUUUGCAGCAGGGUCACCCGUACCUUCAAUGCCCGGAACACCACAAUCUCUGGCUCUGCCGAUGAAUCCUCCGGCUACGUCUCAUAGCCGCCGUUCCUCAUUCGGGACGUCCCCCUCUAUCCGCCGGUCGGUGUCACCGGCACCUUCGCUACCUCUGCCAGCUGUGAUGCCCCCGGCAUCUCCAAACAUCGCUGCCGGGCUUGGUGUGAGGAACACGAACAUCUACGCUAACGAGACCCUUACGUCUUUCUUCCGGCGGUUGACCUUCGCCCCAGACGGUAGCCUGCUCUUUACGCCUGCUGGACAGUACAAGACCUCGCACCCUUCAGCAACAGACGCUGCUAAGACCUCGGACGACAUCAUCAACACCGUCUACAUAUACACUCGUGCAGGUCUCAACAAGCCGCCCAUCGCGUAUCUUCCAGGCCACAAGAAGCCUUCUGUUGCUGUCCGCUGCUCUCCUAUCUAUUACACCCUACGGCAAGGGGCAGUUGUGCCAACAAAGCAGAUUACGGUCGACACCUCCUCAGCCGACGAUGAGAUUCUUGCACUACCAGAGCCAGCUAUGCCGACAAAACUUCCUCCUUCAAAUUAUACGAUGGACCCACCACCUCUCGCCGGCGCGACGUCCCCGUCUCCCGGUUUCACAGCAGCGUCGCCGAAGACCGUAGAUCCCGACUCAACACCUACGUCAUCGAGCCUGCCUGCGGGACCGCCAGCGGCAUUCGGUCUGCCUUAUCGCAUUGUAUACGCUGUGGCCACACAGGACGCUGUAUAUGUGUACGACACGCAGCAACAGAAACCACUUUGUGUGGUCAGCAAUCUCCACUACGCAACGUUCACAGACCUCUCGUGGUCUAACGAUGGCUUGAUGCUACUGAUGACAUCAUCUGAUGGAUUCUGCUCAUGCCUAACAUUUACCGCUGGAGAACUAGGCCAAGUCUAUCAUGGCAACACACAGAAGCAUCAUCCUCCCGCCAUCAACACUUCUGCCUCUUCGACCAACUGCACCCCUACAGCAACUCCCACUCAACCGACCAUCCCAUCGCUAAUCAAGCAACCGAGCUCGACCUUCCCAGCGUCGCCUUCGUCGUUUGCACCAGCUCGACCCGCCAGUCCAGCACGGUCAAUGUCCGCAUCCUCUGCGGCUUCUUCAUUCGCAAUACCGCCAGAUCCAAACGUGACGAACAAUCCGAUUCCGUCCAUGGGAAGCGUACCGAGUGUAGCAGCAGCGAAUUCAGGCACGGUCAGUGGUAUGCCGAUGUGGACGCCGCCGCUCACGCCGAUGCCCGGUUAUCAUGGCGGUCACAGCGCAACGAGCUCGAUAAGUGGCCCGGUGGUUGUGGCGCCAAGGCGAGAAUCUGAGACGGAAGCUGAGACGUCGAACCAGACGAGGAAAAGGGAGGGAGAGAAUGAACGAGAAGACGGGAAGGAGACUAAGAGAAGAAGGAUUGCACCGACGCUUAUCAGCGCUGGAGACGAGGCGGGUGCUGCGGCGGCUUCGGCCCAGGCUCCCACUCCAGCAUCGGCCCCGGUCCCGCCACCUGAUUCGCUGCCCGGCGGACCAACUCAGUAA